AUGAGUACACCAACGGCGGCCUCCGCCACCCGCGGCGCGGGCUCUGCCGUCCAGACACCAACCACAGGCGGACGACAGCGACACAGCAACAACGGGCCCAGCAGCACCGGACCAGCCUCGGCCGGCGGCACCUACCGUACCCCCAACACCGCCAGCAAAGCCAAUCGACGGACACCGGGCACCGCAGGACGUACACCGCAUGCACGUGCUGCGCGGCUCGCGCUCGACAGCCGCCGCACGGCCAUCUUCACGCCGGGCGGCCGCCAGAGCCGGCGCAAGAGCGGCCGCAUGCUGCCCGAUUGCGUCGUCCUCGUCACCGGGCAGCAGCGGGGCAGCGCGCAGCAGAGCCGGCGGCACCGGCAGCCGCUGGAUGUGGACAUGGAGAUGGACAUGAUGGGGGCGGCAGCCGCAGGGGCAGACAGUAGCACGGCCUCGGCGACGCGACGCCGCACGAUCCGGAGUGUCCUGGGCAUGGACGACGACGACGACGACUCGCUGCCGCUGGACCGUCCACGGAUGUCGCUCAAUAUCGAAGACAACGACAACGACGACGAUCUGCGGCCACACCGAUCCUUGAUUCUCGAGAAUGGUGGCGGAAGCGACGACGCCGAAGCCGAAGCCGACGCCGACCUGGCCAACUUUACCAUGCGGUCGAUUGAGCUGGCGCGGCGGGCGGCGACGCAAGAGCAGCUGCUGCAGGCGCGGCGGUUUUCCAGAGCAAGCCUGGGCGUCCGCAGCAGUCUUGGCAGUAUGCGCAUGAGCGACUACAUGGACGAGUUUGGCCGUGGUGCGGACGGUGGCGGCAACGAAAUCGGCGGUGGCGGCGACGACGACAUUGCUGGACGGCUCGACCAACAGUCGGCCUUCUUCCCGGAAGGCGCAUUCGACAACCUGCUGCCCGGCGAGUCGGCAGACAUGACGUUUGAGCGUGUCGAUUCGGACACGGGCGAGCAACAUGAGGCGCGAAUCGGCGCAGACGGCCGCGAGAGCGGCUUUGGUGUGGUCGACCUGGGCCUGGACGGCGGCAACGAGACUACGUUUAUGCUGGGCCAGCAGUCGCCCGACCGGACUUUGGGUACCCUCUUGCUGGAAGGCGAUGGUGAAAACGAGCCCGGUCUGCUGGACAACAACCAUGAUGCUGUCGCGGGGGACUUUGGAGCCGCGCUGGAUACCAACCUGGAUAACAACUUUGACGACUAUGGCGGCGGCAACGAAAACGGCGGAAACUUUUGGGACGAGUCGGACUCCAACAACGAGAAUGACCCUGAAGGUGUGGCCGCCUUAGGUCACAAUGCUGCUGCAAAGGCUCCGGGUGUCACUGGAAGCGGGCAAGAAACGGGCGCGGAUGCGCGUGGAGCAGGAAAACGGAUGAAACUGUCUGCCCAUGGCAUCGCGUACCCGUCGCUGCCUGUAGGCGUGAUCAAGCGCAUUGCACAGACAUUUGCCCAGAGGUCCGGUGCAGCUGGACCGGGGAAGGCGAAGCUCAGCCGGGAGACGGUGGCGGCUCUGAGCACCGCGUCGGACUGGUUCUUUGAGCAGGUGGGCGUCGAUUUGCAGCGGUACGCAAAGCACGCAGGCCGCAAAACGAUUGACGAGAGCGAUGUGCUUCUUUUGAUGCGAAGACAACGACAAGUGAACUCGGCAGUCACGCCAUUCUCGUUGGCACAACGUAUGUUGCCGCGAGAGCUUUUACAAGAGCUGCGCAUGAUUCCCGAUGCACCCGCAUUGAAACGGCGGCAGCAGAAGAAAACCACACGGCGGGUUUCGUCGGGGCCGGGCCGGAUAGGAAAUAAAAGGGCGCAUGACGUCACAUGA